UGAAGGGCGGGAAUGGAGAGAGGAAUUUUGUGCUGUGGCGUUCUUCCUUGGAAGAGCGCCGCGCGCUCCAUUCCAUCGAUCGAUCCACACAAGCGGCGGCUAUGGAGGAGCCAGAUCUCGGUCCGCGCGAGGAGGGCGCCAUCGAUCAGGGCGGCAUUUGACGCGGAUCUCACAGAGCAAAUCUCCGGUCAGGGCAAGCUCCAGUCUCCAUUCCAGGUAGCGCUAGGGCUGGGAUUUCUCGUGAGCUGGGACAGGGCCGUGGCCGGCGCUCUCAGAUGGAGUGGAAUGCCGGCAGCGGCCAAGAAUCUCCCGAGCGCCUCGCUAGGGAUGAUCUCGCUUGUGGCAGCACUGCUGGUGCUGGAUCGACUCGCGCCAGAUGCUUGCAGCGGGGUGAAUUCUUUCUUCUUCCCCUCGGUGGAGUUUGUCCAGAGAUGGAUGCCGCUCUUUUAUGCGCCAGCUCUGGCGAUGCUACCGGCGGGAGCCAAGAGCCUCCAAGUCAUGGAUGGGAUCAAAGUGGUUCUUUUGACUGUUCUUUCGUGGGCUGGGACACUCACAGUCACGACUCUCUUUACCACUCUUGUCCGGAGACAUGCCAAGGCGAGGCUUGAGGAAGCUCCAAGCGGGCUCUCUUUGGCUCCUUUUAGCAUAUGGGAAGCGAUACCAUGGCUAGCAAUUGGAGCUGCUGGCUUCAUUCUGGUUUACGUCUCGCCAACUUUGCUUGGCUCUCCUGCAAGGACUUUGAUCCCGUUUCUACUGUCGUCGACUGUGGUGGGAUUUCUUCUUGGUUCCUUUCUUCCAGGCCCAGUAAAGAGAUUCCUUCAUCCAGUCAUUACGUGUGCCAUCUUUGUAAAUGCUGCCGCACUUUUCUUCUCCAUAGCAACGGAGAAGCAGUUUCUAUCCGUGCUCGGUUCGUACAUCACGAAUAAUCUCAAGGAUCCAGGUGCUGGGGAUGUUCUUCUAGCCUUGGUUGGACCCCUAGCUAUAUCAUACGGAUUCUUGCUCUACCGGCAACGCAGAAUUAUUGUUCGGCAUGGAAUUGAGCUGGCCUCAGUGGUAUCGGUGGCUGGUAUGGUUUCUUUGCUUAUCACGACGUACGCUGGUCGUGCACUGGAUCUCAGCUCUCAGCUCAUAAACUCGGUUGCUCCGAGCAACGUAACGUUUGCAUUUGCAUUGCCGGUAGGCAAUCUCUUACAAGCAAAUCCUUCGCUGGUUGUAUCGUGUUGUGUAUUGACCGGCAUUUUGGGAGCUAAUCUUUCGAGGCCGCUUCUUCUCAAAGCUACAAAGUCCGACGAUCCGGUGGUGCGAGGACUGUCAGCUGCUUGCAGUUCUCAUGGCUAUGGAUCGGCGUCAGUCGCUGCGGGAGAGCCGGAUUUGCUCCCGCUUUGUGCCGUCGCUUACAUUCUCAUGGGAACGUUUUGCUCGCUACUUUGCAGCGUUCCAGCACUGGGACGCAUAAUAUCCAAAUAAUGCGUGUGUGAUAGAGUUUCCCAAAGAACACAACUAAUCUAGAUUGAAUACCCUGAAAUAUUAAAAAAAGAUUGGAGAUGCUA